AAAGAGCCGUUCCAGACUCUAAAGUCAGGAGGACUUUGAGAGUUGGGUGUUAUACAGCGUACCCACACAUGGAUAGGCUAAAUAUUACUCAUCAGAGCUCCUCGCAGUCGAACACGACAACCAGCAAAGCCAGGAGCUCGUUGGCCGGUGGUAGUUUUGGCCUGAGUUGGUGAUCGGCAUCAUGGAGGUGGUUAUGAACAUUCUCAAGACACCAGUGCCCAGUGGGGUGUCCAUGACCCUGGGCCUGUUCAUGAUCUUCCUGGCUCUGCUGUACUGGUAUGCUACGUUCCCCUAUUCGUCCCUGGCUCAAUGUGGAAUAAGGCACCCCAAACCAUCCCCAUUCUUUGGGAACCUGUUUCUAUUUCGUCAGGGCUUUUUCGGUGUUCAUACAGACCUGAUUCACAAGUAUGGGAGAGUAUGUGGAUAUUAUCUAGGCAGGAGGCCCGUGGUGGUGGUAGCUGACCCUGAUAUGCUCAGACAGAUCAUGGUGAAGGACUUCAGCACCUUCCCCAACAGAAUGACAAUCCGCGCCGCUACUAAGCCCAUGAGUGACUGUCUGCUGAUGCUGAGGAACGAGCACUGGAAGAGAGUACGCAGCAUCCUCACCCCCUCCUUCAGCGCAGCCAAGAUGAAAGAGAUGGGUCCUCUGAUCAACACUGCUACUGACACCCUGCUCACCAACCUCAAUUGUCAUGCUGAGUCUGGAGAGAGCUUUGACAUUCACAGGUGUUUUGGCUGUUUCACCAUGGACGUGAUUGCCAGCGUUGCAUUUGGCACUCAGGUGGACUCUCAGAAGGACCCAGAUGACCCGUUUGUCCACCACGCCCAGAAGUUCUUCUCUUUCUCCUUCUUCACACCCAUCAUGUUCAUCUUCAUUGCUUUUCCAUUCCUGAUUCCUCUGGCCCGUUUCCUCCCCAACAAGAGGAGGGAUGAGAUGAACAACUUCUUCAUCAACUGCAUUCAGAAGAUCAUCAGACAGAGAGAUGAGCAGCCAGUUGAAGAGCGGCGGCGAGACUUCCUACAGCUGAUGCUGGAAACGCGGAGCAGCAAGGAGUGUGUGUCGCUGGAGCACUUUGACGUGGUCAACCAUGCAGAUGAGCUGGCCCCCACACACACUCACACAAACCAGCAAGAAAAUGUUGACGUCAGCCAUGAGUCACCCAACAGGCGCUCUGUCCAGACCCAGAAGAGGAUGAUGUCGGAUGAUGAGAUCGUGGGCCAGGCAUUUGUGUUCUUCUUGGCGGGGUAUGAGACCAGUAGCAACACGCUAGCCUUCACCUGCUACCUCCUGGCUCUACACCCAGAGUGUCAGAGCAAACUGCAGGCUGAGGUGGAUGACUUCUUCACCAGAUAUGAUUCACCAGAUUACACCAAUGUCCAGGAGCUGAAAUAUCUUGACAUGGUCAUAUCAGAAGCUCUGCGCCUCUACCCGCCUGGUUUCAGGUUUGCCCGUGAAGUUGACGAGGACUGCAUGGUGAAUGGACAGUUCCUACCCAAGGGAGCCACCCUGGAGAUCCCUGCAGGCUAUCUGCACUAUGAUCCAGAGUACUGGCCCGAGCCAGAGAAGUUCAUCCCUGAGAGAUUCACAGUGGAGGCCAAGGCCAGCAGACACCCGUUUGUGUACCUGCCGUUUGGGGCGGGGCCCCGCAGCUGUGUCGGCAUGAGGCUGGCCCAGCUGGAGAUCAAGAUGGCCCUGGUGCAUGUCUUCAGGAAGUUCAACAUUGUGGCCUGCACAGACACCAAGGUUCCUCUGGAGUUGAAGUCUCACACCACUCUCGGACCCAAGAAUGGCAUCUAUGUGACAAUCACUAAAAGAGAGAUAGAGGGAGAACCGGCGACUCCCCCUGCAGGAGAAUAGCUCUGUUCUGUAUCUGCUUUCUAGAACGUAGUGUGAUUUCUAUGAAACAGAUACAUUAUCCAUCCAGUGACUGCUUAUUUUAAGGCUAAAAAUAAAGUAACAUUAACCUAGCCUGGUCCCAGAUCUGUUUGUGCUGUCUUGCUAACUUCUAUGGUUAUUGUCACACUUUUGGCACUCCCUUUACAUAAGAGAGUUGGCAAUAAAGCACAAACAAAUCUGAGACCAGGCUAGCAUUAACCUCUUCUUUAACUUAAACAUCUAAAAGUAUUUGGUUAAAUGUACUUAAGUAUCAAAAGUAAAACAUUUCAAAUUCCUCAUAUUAAGCAAACCAGACGGUACCAUUUGUAUUUUAUUUUAAAAAAAUACAUGGAUAGACAGGGCCACAUUCCAACAUGCAGACAUCAUUUACAAAUGAAGCAUGUGUGUUUAGUGAGUCUGCCAGAUUAGAAGCAGUAGGGAUGACUGUGAAUUGCACUAUUUUCCUGUUCUGCUAAGCUAUCAAAAUGUAACAAGUACUUUUGGGUGUCAGGAAAAAUGUGUGGAGUAAAAAGUACAUUAUUAAAAGUAAAAGUUGUCAAAAAUAAGUCAAGUACAGAUACCCCCAAAAACUACUACAGUAGUACUAUAAAGUAUUUUUACUUAAGUACUUUAUGCAACUGCUUCCAUGGUAAAUUACAAUUUGCACAGAAAAAGUGAGGUUGUGCCAGGGGCAGCUCACCUUUUUAAUCAGCCAAUGUACUGGAUGGAGGUCAAGCCCUCCAAGAGGCCCCUGCCAAUGGCACAAUGAUCGCCACGGUGAUUCUGCAGGACUAGAGAGAGGGGGAGGAGAAGCAUGCUGGGGGAACUGUGAGCUGGUGGGAGGGGGAAGACUGUGGCAAACUUCUUAUUACAGAAGAACAACAUUCCUUGACAUCUGUAUAAAUUCAUGUUGAUAUCCAUUGUUACUGAAUAGUCACUGCAGGACUGCAUUAAAGGGAAGGAUCAAUUCAUAGUAUAAUGUAUGUUAGAACAUGCCCAUUAACUAUUAAAGGGAUAGUUCACUCAAAUAAAAAAAUAUAUAAUAUUGGUUUUCCUGUAAGUAGUCUAUGGAUAAGACCAUCCAUGCUUUAGUUUGGUUUACCUGUCCACUGUCUCCAAAUACUAUGCAAUUACCUUGUCCAUAGACUUUUUACAGGGUAAAGUAAUCCGAAUGUUUGUCAUUUGGAUGGACUAUCCCUUUAAGGAUUUGUAUUGUCUCUCCCAACAGCUCUAUGGCUGGAAAGUGAGUCUUUGCAAGCAUCCUCGCAAUUAUCCAUCAUAACAGUGUUGGCAUUGACUAAAUGUUAUAGGACCUCUCCCUCACAGAUUUCCAAAUCUUUCAUCUUUAAAAUGAAGCUAUGAUUUACAUGAAGGUAAUACUAAUAAGAUCACGACUCGAUGAGAGCGGAAAGCAAUAUCAGCUCACUCCAUUUCUCAUUUCCUCUUAAGUUGAAAAGCUCUGAUGUUACUGUGUAUGAUUUCUUUAAGCUUGACUGUAUAGAAUUUAUACCAAUGUGAUGGUUUUAAUUGUGUUGAUUUGGAGUGUUGCUCUGCAAUUUGAUGUUACAUAUUCAUUAAAUGUGAAAUUAAUAAUCAAAA